UCUGACAUAAGGAACACCUUCUUCUCUGAAAUUGGCAUUGGGAUCGCAGCCAACAGCUUCCUUCUUCUCUUUUACAUCCUCAAGUUCAUUCCUGGGCACAGGCCUAGACCCACUGACGUGCUCAUUGGUCUGCUGGCACUAAUCCACCUACUGAUGCUAAUGUUCAUAGCAUUCAUAGCCAUGGACAUUUUUAUUUCUUUGAGGGGAUGGGAUGACACCAUAUGUAAACUCAUUGUCUACCUGUACAGAAUUUUUAGGGGCCUCUCGCUUUGUACCACCAGCCUGCUGAGUGUCCUCCAGGCCAUCAUCCUCAGUCCCAGAAGCUCCUGUUUAGCCAAGUUCAAGCACAAAUCUGCCCAUUACAUCUCAUGUGCCUUUCUUUUUCUGAGUGUCCUUUAUGUGCUCAUUAGCAGUCACCUCUUAGUAUCAAUUAUUGCCACUCCCAAUUUGACUUCGAAUAACUUCAUGUACGUUACUAGGUCCUGUUCUCUCCUACCCAUGAGUUACCUCAUGAAAAGCACAUUUUGUACACUGAUGGCCGUCAGGGAAGUCUUUCUUAUUAGUGUUAUGGUCAUCUCUACUUGGUACAUGGUGGCUCUCUUGUGCAGGCACAGGAAGCAGGCCCAGCAUCUUCACAGCACCAGGCUUUCUCCAAAAGCAUCCCCAGAGCAAAGAGCUAACAGGGCCUUCCUUCUGCUCAUGAGCUUCUUUGUGUUGAUGUCCAUCUUGGAUGGCUUUAUCUCCUGCUCAAGAACUAUGUUCCUGAAUGAUCCAACAUCUUACUAUAUCCGACUCUUUGUUGUCCACAGCUAUGCCACAGUCAGCCCUUUUGUGUUUAUGAACACUGAAAAACAUGUCGUUAACUUUUUCAGAUCCAUGUAUGGAAGGAUGGUAAACAUCAUAUUACUUGGGUAUAGUGCUUGCAAACAUCAAUGUAUCCUGGCAACGACCACUGUGUUGAUCCUGGCAAUGGCCAUUAUAUCUGUUUUUGACAAAGGAUUGGAAGAAGCCAGCAAUGCGUUUCUCAGUGCCAAUGAACAGCAAGGGGCUGACGGUGGCAAAGCCAUUGGAGACCAUGAUGUGGAUAAUGUGGUGGACUGGGUCACUAUCCUGCAUCAGUCUGGAGGCAAAUAUGAUGCAGUCCAUACAGUACAUCAGCACAAAGAAGUUCAUGAGCAGCAGGAUCAUACCGCUGUGGAAAAGAAUCUAAACCCAGAAGACCAGCUACUUGUUUCACUAAUUCCUUCCUUAGAGCUCGAAGCCUUGUUGGAUAAAGGCAACACAGACUGCUGA